UGCGGGGCUGCGGGGCGCUUUGAUUCCCUCCACCCUGCCUCCGCGGGCUCCCCCUCCUCCGGCCCUUGGACUCGGUUCCUCUGCACCCUCCCGGGGCUUUCGGCUUCCCCCCCGGCCCACUCCCUAUGGCAGCAGCUUGCCGCGUCCGCGGCGCAGUUUCGCAGCGAACCACCCUGUGGCUCCCGGGACUGAGCCGGGUUGCUGGAUGUUGCUGAAACUCUGGAGAUCAUGCCUGGGUUUGACUGCGGCUUCCCCGCCGGGUGCCACUGCCGCCGCCACCGCCGUCCGCGGGAUGCCCAGUAGCCCGCUGCCUGACUGCCGCGAUCCUGUGUUGCUCGGAAGCCGUUUGCUGCUGCAGAGUUGUGCGAACUAGUCAUGGUGCUGUGGGAGUCCCCGCGGCAGUGCAGCAGCUGGACACUUUGCGAGGGUUUUUGCUGGCUGCUGCUACUGCCAGUAAUGCUACUCCUUGUAGCUCGCCCGGUGAAGCUCGCAGCUUUCCCUACCUCCUUAAGUGAUUGCCAAACGCCUACCGGCUGGAACUGCUCCGGUUAUGAUGAUAGAGAAAAUGAUCUCUUCCUCUGUGACACCAAUACCUGUAAAUUUGAUGGAGAAUGUUUGAGAAUUGGAGACACUGUGACUUGCGUCUGUCAGUUCAAGUGCAACAGUGACUACGUGCCUGUGUGUGGCUCCAAUGGGGAGAGCUACCAGAAUGAAUGUUACCUGAGACAGGCUGCAUGCAAACAGCAGAGUGAGAUUCUUGUGGUGUCCGAAGGAUCAUGUGCCACAGAUGCAGGAUCAGGAUCUGGAGACGGAGUGCAUGAAGGCUCUGGAGAAACCAGUCAGAAGGAAACAUCCACCUGUGAUAUUUGCCAGUUUGGUGCGGAAUGUGAUGAAGAUGCUGAAGACGUCUGGUGUGUGUGCAACAUUGACUGUUCUCAAACCAACUUCAAUCCACUCUGUGCUUCUGAUGGGAAAUCGUAUGAUAAUGCAUGUCAAAUCAAGGAAGCAUCAUGUCAGAAACAGGAGAAAAUUGAAGUCAUGUCUUUGGGUCGAUGUCAAGAUAACACAACUACAACUACUAAAUCUGAAGAUGGACAUUAUGCAAGAACAGAUUAUGCAGAGAAUGCUAACAAAUUAGAAGAAAGUGCCAGAGAACACCACAUACCUUGUCCAGAACAUUACAAUGGCUUCUGCAUGCACGGGAAGUGUGAGCAUUCUAUCAAUAUGCAGGAGCCAUCUUGCAGAUGUGAUGCUGGAUAUACUGGACAGCACUGUGAAAAAAAGGACUACAGUGUUCUGUACGUUGUCCCUGGUCCUGUGCGAUUUCAAUAUGUCUUAAUUGCGGCUGUCAUUGGGACGAUUCAGAUCGCGGUCAUCUGUGUGGUGGUCCUCUGCAUCACAAGGAAAUGCCCCAGAAGCAACAGAAUUCACAGACAGAAGCAAAAUACAGGGCACUACAGUUCAGACAACACAACAAGAGCGUCCACAAGGUUAAUCUAAAGGGAGCAUGUAUCACAGUGGCUGGACUACCGAGUGCUUGACUACACAAUACAGUAUUACAGACAAAAGAAUAAGACAAGAGAUCUACACAUGUUGCCUUGCAUUUGUGGUAAUCUACACCAAUGAAAACAUGUACUACAGCUAUAUUUGAUUAUGUAUGGAUAUAUUUGAAAUAGUAUACAUUGUCUUGAUGUUUUUCUGUAAUGUAAAUAAACUAUUUAUAUCACACAAUAUAGUUUUUUCUUUCCCAUGUAUUUGUUAUAUAUAAUAAAUACUCAAUGAUGAGAAAAAAAUGGCAUUGUUAAAUUUGCGGUACUUUAUAAUUGUAAAUAUAACUAAAUAGUAAAAUCUGUGGAGGUGACAGCAUUUCAUCUUUUUCCACAUCUUCAGACAGUACAUAAGUUCACCCAGGACUGAGCGGCUAGGUUUUGAGUGGUUCCAAGUUCAAAGGAAAUGAUGGUUAUUGGAAACGAGAAAAAAUAAUUUACUUUAUAUCGAGUGAAGAUAAAAUAUUUGAGAUCUUUGAAUCAUCUUAUUUCAUCUUUCUUCCCCAGUCUUCUAUUUUCAAUCUAAGAGCAGAAAAAUCCCUGGCAUAUAAAUUAAAUCAAAGAAGAAGGGAAUGGAAAAUGUUUUAUAUCUCAUAAAGGAGAGGGAAAAGAUAUUGCCUUAUAUUUGGAAACAUUUUAGAUUCUCAGAUAACUACAUAUAUCCAAAGGCUCUCAGCAAGUUGCUAGUUACAUAUUAGGUAUACCUAAGCAACAAAAAUCUAUGCAAUUUAGACAAGUGGAACUAACAAAUAAGAAAAAAUCUAAUAAGCAAAAUGAAAUGUGAAACAUCACAAUUGUGACUUCUUAGGAGCAUCUUGCCAUAUUUGUAGUGGAAGGUUUUGGGAAUGAAAUUGCAUUUGCAAACACUCCACAAAUAGUUUUUGGUUAAUGCAUUAGCAUUAUUUGAAAUGAAACUAAGAUGCUGACAUUAUUUCAUAAAAAACAGAGAAAUCUGUUUUGAGUGUUUUUACAUAUUGAGGUAAGCAAAAUAAUUAAUUCCAUAGAAUCUAAAACACCUGUAGGGAAGUUGGUAUGGGUUUUUGCUUGAGUAUACAAAUACAUGUGAUCACUUUGUUUGGAAAACAGUCAACUGAAAAUUCUCAAAAUAUUGUCAUUUAUCUCUGCACAGCUUUGGAUGACUAAUAUGAGUAAAGCUAAAUAAAGUCCUGUCUCCGUCAAA